GAGAAGGUGGGUAAGGCCGCAGUGAAUCAUUUCUAAUCAGUUCCGAUCUUACUUUUCCCACCUGUCAUUCUUCUUCUAGCGUUUACCGAUCCAAAAAUAUUAUAAUUUCCCAAGAAAAAUCACAUACAUUUUCCCAAGAAAAUAAAAACCCGAAAGCCGAACGCACACCCUGACCUGAGCCAAUGAUCUCCCAUUCCUAAUUUCUCGUCUUAAUAAUACGAUGAGGUCAUGGCAUGACCUCUUCUUGAACCAAAAUAUUGAAUUCUUGAUUUCAGAUAUUAAUGGAAGAAGAGAAAAAGGCAACUCUUUCUUUAGAACCAAGAAAAACCAGCGAAUCGGAGAAAGUGAAGUUGAUCCAAUGGGAAGAUUACGAACAAGAAGCUGCAAGAUUGUGGAGUCUCUCUUCUGCUCUAAAAGAAGCUGAGGAGAAGAAAUUAAAUCUCAAGCAAAAGCUCAAUUCUUUUAUUCAAGUCAAAGCUGAGUCAUUAAGUCGAUUGAAUGAGCUUGAAGAGAUGCGUCAGAAAUUGGAGGCUAAAGAGUUGGCAAUAGAAAGCAUUUCGGCACGUACUAAGGUUGCAGCGGAGAAUGCUAAAAAGGAAGAGAAUAGGCUUAGUAUGGAAGUUAGAUCGUUGUUGGUUGCUGGUACUGCUCUUUCUGUAUCUAGCAAGCAACUUCAGGAAUCAAAGAGGUCAGUUUCUGGAGAGAGGGGUUAUGGUCGUCUCAGAAACUUGCAAAAGAUGCUAAGAAUAAGGCAACAAUAUACGAUUUCACAAGUUUCAUUGCUUUUUCCUGUAAAGAUAUCAGCUGGACCUUCAGAGGAGCAAGAACUUGAAUCAUUUCCAAACACUAGUAAAUCAGGCAACUACACUGGAUCUAAACCCGUCAAUCAAGGAUCUUUGACAAUUUUAGGACUGCAUUUAACCAUGCUUCCUUUCACAAAGAUUAGUUUUUUUACUGAUAAGAAGGAGAUUCAGAAGUCUGCAACUGCCCUCGGAUAUGUUGCCCAUGCUGUUUCACUCAUUGCUUCAUAUUUAGAAGUUCCUUUGCGAUACCCCGUGCGUUUAGGUGGCUCUAGAUCAUAUAUUAAUGAUUAUGCACCUUCAGCAGAGCCUACAUUGCCGGAAUUAUCGUUGAGUGCAUCAUCCUCCACUAAUGUGAAGCCUGUUGAGUUUCCUCUCUUUCUGGAAGGUCAAGAUACAACUCGAGCAGCUUAUGCUGUAUUUCUGUUAAACAAGGAUUUGGAGCAGCUUUUGAAUUAUAUUGGUAUUAAGAGUUUAGGACCCCGCCAUGUACUGGCUAAUCUGAAGGAGCUUAUAAGGACAAUUCAAUCUGCAGAAUUUUUAGAUACGUGAUCUGAUCUUCCUGUCACCACUUUUAAGUAGGGAUUUAGCAACUUCUUUGUAAAUGAAUUACUUGAAUUCAUACAGAGGUGCAAUUUUUUUUUAAUGCAGCACCUUUCUGUAGAUACUAAAUUCUUACAUUUGAUCGAUAGAAGCCAUAGUUUAUAUGGAUAUAUAUAUAUUGUUUGUAAAUUUUAGUA